AUGAGACCCAGGCUUUCUCAGUCUUUCUGGUUCGCCGGCCUUAGCAUUUGCUUGUCACAAGCACAUGAUAGUGACUGAACUUCCAACCGUCAGAGGCAGGAAGAAAACAGUAAAAGUAGCAAAGUACUUAAGGAGCAUACUUAACUAGAAGUCCUAGAGAAUUGGUUAAAAAACAAAAAAAUCUUUUCCAGAAGCCUCACUCAAUGACUUCUGCAGUUAAGUAUCAUGGGCCAGAAGUUGGUCACAUGACUAUGCCUAGUCCAACUACCGACUACUGGGGUAAUUAGAAUGAGAUUACCAUGAUUAGUUUUGACCAAUUAUGAGUCAUUUCUCCCAACUGGGCUGAAGGACUCCCUCCCCUGAGAUCAAGGCUCUCUUCUGGUACCUGAACAAAAUGAGGUUUUUUCCUGGGGGUGCCGAGCACAACGCUUGCCACACAGAGGGCACUCACUGGUCCUUUCAUUGAACAUUUACCAAGCAUCCACCACGUGCCGAAGGGGCCGUGGAGGCAAAAACGACUUGAUAUCUCUCUGCUAGGCAGGCUGAGAUCGGUCAAAGUUGAGGACACAACGUCGCUACCGCGGUUUGACCUGCUCCACGCUACACUGCGCAGGCGCCGGCUACCUCGGGGCGCUCGGCAGACGCCCCGGCCAGAACGUGAGUCACGCAUGCUCACACCGCUUUAUCUCCGGCUCAUCCCCGGAAGCACUGGCAGUUUCGGCGGACGGGAUCGGGAAGCGUUUCCGGGGGCGGGAGGUGCAGGCUGAGGCGCUCGCGGCGGCGACGGCUUAAACGGGGCUGGUGCGGGUGGCGGAAAGUGUCCCGGGCCGGCUGUGUGAGCGCCGAGCCCUUGGCAGCACUGAACAAGAUUUGUGAUGAAAUGGAGCCUGGAACCAACUCUUUUCGAGUAGAAUUUCCUGAUUUUUCAAGCACCAUUCUGCAGAAACUGAACCAGCAGCGCCAACAAGGACAACUGUGUGAUGUCUCCAUUGUCGUGCAGGGCCACAUUUUCCGGGCACACAAAGCUGUUCUUGCUGCCAGUUCGCCCUACUUUUGUGACCAGGUCCUCCUGAAAAACAGCAGGAGGAUUGUCUUGCCUGAUGUGAUGAACCCGAGAGUAUUUGAGAACAUUCUCCUAUCUAGUUACACGGGACGUCUAGUAAUGCCUGCUCCCGAGAUUGUUAGUUACUUAACAGCAGCCAGCUUCCUCCAGAUGUGGCAUGUGGUGGACAAAUGCACUGAGGUUCUCGAGGGAAACCCGACAGUCCUUUAUCAGAAGCUAAAUCACAGCAGUGACCACCAGUCUCCAAGCAGCAGUAGUUAUAAUGGCCUGGUAGAAAGCUUUGAGCUGGGCUCAGGGGGCCACGCUGACUUCCCCAAAUCCCAGGAACUGAGAGAUGGAGAGAACGAAGAGGAGAGCACCAAAGACGAGCUGUCAUCUCAGCUCACCGAGCACGAGUACCUUCCCAGCAACUCGUCCACGGAGCAUGACCGGCUGAGCACUGAAAUGGCGAGCCAGGACGGGGAGGAGGGCGCCAGUGACAGUGCCGAGUUUCACUACACCCGGCCUCUGUACAGCAAGCCCAGCAUCAUGGCCCACAAACGCUGGAUCCACGUGAAGCCUGAGCGCUUCGAGCAGGCGUGCGAGGGCAUGGACGUGCACGCGGCUUACGACGAGCACCAGGUCACCGAGUCCAUCAGCACCAUGCAGGCGGAGCACGCCGCCCAGCCCUCGGGGGUGGAGGAGGACUUUCACCUCGGGGAGAAAAAGGUGGAAGCCGACUUUGACGAGCAGGCGGAUGAAAGCAACUACGACGAGCAGGUGGAUUUCUACGGCUCUUCCAUGGAAGAGUUUUCCGGGGAGCGGUCGGAUGGAAAUCUCCUCGGACACAGACAGGAGGCUGCUGCCCUCGCAGCGGGCUACAGCGAGAAUAUUGAAAUGGUAGCAGGGAUUAAAGAAGAAGCUUCCCACUUAGGAUUCUCAGCCACCGACAAGCUGUAUCCUUGUCAGUGUGGGAAAAGUUUCACUCACAAGAGCCAGAGAGAUCGCCACAUGAGCAUGCACCUCGGUCUCCGGCCUUACGGCUGUGGGGUCUGUGGUAAGAAAUUCAAGAUGAAGCACCAUCUCGUGGGCCACAUGAAAAUCCACACAGGCAUAAAGCCCUACGAGUGUAAUAUCUGUGCAAGGAGGUUUAUGUGGAGGGACAGUUUCCACAGGCAUGUGACUUCUUGUACCAAGUCUUACGAAGCUGCAAAGGCUGAGCAGAAUACAGCUGAGCAGAAUACGGCUGAGGCUAACUAAAAAUAGGAGCUGGCCCUUGAGUGGCAGGCACAAAAAUAAACGAUGGUAAUUAUGCAAAUCUGGGCACAGAUGAUAUGUGCUACUUGCUAUUAUGAGAGAAGCUUAAAAAAAAAAAGGAAGAUAUUUCGGAAAGACCAGUUCUAAGUAGGCCAAUUAAAAAAAUCUAAUUUGUCAGAUUUGUACGUUCCAGCCCAGGCCUGGAGUAGGUAAGAGGGGUAAGUUAACGCACCUGCCAGCUGGUAGUGUCAACCGUGAGGCCUGUUGUGAUGGAGGCAGGCAGACCUGGUGAAGGAGGGGUCUGCACUUGGGACUGGGGUUGGCCCACCAGUUCCACUUCAGGUGGCAGCGGCUUUCCAGCACUCAUUACAGGUCACACUGGGAUUUGAUUUUGCUCUUACUAUAGAUACUUAGGUAAUGUGGGUUUGUUUUGGUAGCUGCUUCAACGAAUGAAAUGCUACUUCUGUAAAAGCUACAAAUGAUGUGAUUCCUAGGAUGCGAAAUUGAUUAACAGCUCUCUUGUCUGGUUUCAUUUUUUCUAAAGGGUAUUUUACUUAAAACUAUGGAGAUACUAAGAGGGCGCCAUUCUAAGUAUAAAACAACUUAUGGUACAAGCUUCAAUUUCUGUAAGAUGCCACUGUCACAAUGUGUUUCAGACUCUUGAUAAGGCAAAGUUUUGUAUUUUAAUACUAACGUUUAGUUCGAACAAUGGCGUCUAAUUACAGUUCUCUAGUGUGCCAGAGGUAGGUAUUCCUAACUGGUUUGCUGUCCCGAAUCCUUCUGGUUUCAUUGUAGCAUCUCCACAGUGAGAUCUGCUCUAUGGCUGGCAGACGUCUAGCCUGCUGGGACUGACCACGGUACCGUUGGCUGCUGCAGCCGUUUUGCUGUCUUAGAUUAUGGUGCUUCCCAAAGAGGUCAGUCAGUGACCACAGUUAGUGAGCAGGAGCCAAAAGUCACAGCUGAGAGUUACCUGUGAACUUCAGGGAUUACUGGAGUGCUGCAGUGACACUCCAGCUGUCAGAGUGAGUUGCCGAAUAGCAGACUUUUGAGUGGCAGGUUACACUUGAGGGGCGAAAAAGCUGCCCAAGAAAAGAGGAGUCUGGAAGAUACACUGGUGCGGGCGAUAGUCUUUCAGGGGAGGGCACUGAGCUAAUACUACCGGUUCUUUAGGAGGCCUGGCAUGUGUUUUAAAAAGGGCAAAGGAGUCCUCAUUUUAGAAAGUAGUCUACAGAUUCAUGCUCCCAAAUGACAGGUUAAGCUGCAUAAAUUUACAAGUCCUCGUCGCCAUCCCUAACAAAAACAACAAGAUAAGCAGCUAUUCUGAGACCUUUUCUGCCAAUCAGUCAGAUGUUUAAAGGUAAAAAGCAAGCUUAUACUCAGGAUGUUUGACUGUGUAAGACACCUGAUGUUAUCCCCAGGGUAGGACGGGGUGCUACUCUCAUGUCAACUUUCCCUGAAACUUACUGCUCUCUUACUCCAAGUGGAAACUUUUCUUCCUUAAAAUAAAAACAACUUCUUGGAUUUGGGAUGAAAUUUUGUUUUAAAAGUUUGGUGUUGCUCUAAUGUGAUAGACAUUGCUGGCAAUGGCGUCUGGUCCUCAAGCUCCUACCACCAAGGCGUUUACCUGCUGAAUGUUGUCUGGAAAGGGGAAAGAAAGGACUUACUCACCAGUUAACUCUUGUAAUCAAGAUUACAAAACAGGGAUCUAUUCAUGAACACUGUAUCAUUCUCGAUCUAAAAAAGCACUUUGUAUUUAAAACUUUAUUAUAAAUAGAUAUAUAUAUACAUAUAUAUAUAUAUACACAUACAUAUAUGUAUGUGUAUAUAUAUAUAUAUAUAGAUACUGCUUUUUAUAACCUAGAAACUAGACGUUACCUCUUGGUUGUUUGCCACGUUAUUAUCCUCUUAGUGUUGACAAUUCACCAGUUAGCACUCCCUUCUCUGUGUACCUGACAGAAGUGUAUAGAGGUGACUGUACAAUCAAGCUCAGUGGCUCCUUUCCUUUUUUCUCAUGUCAGAAGCCGCUGGGUUUUAGGUGUGAUCCUGGCCAUUAUGUGUGACGAGAAACUGUUUUAUUGCUCCUAGUAAUUUCAGUACUGAGGCAGUGAAGCCAUUUUGUUUGAUCACCCUCUUCCAUGGAAUUAGCAAACCAUUUUCUGCCUGUUUGGAAGGUUUGAUAUGCUGUGUCCCAUUAAAGAUGAUAUUCAAAUGAGCAUUGGAACAUUUGGGGAGACGAGUCUGAGAGGUGAAAUGAAAAUAUUCAGGAAAAAUCAUGGUCCUUCAGUUUUGCUGAAAACAGCCAGCACCCUCGUCAUAAGUAAUGAUGACGAGCUUCUGUUCAGCCAGGACUGGUUGGCACCCUUGGGUGACAGUUCUGGAAGCAGUCAGUGGUGCUGGGACUUAUUUCAUGUGAGGAAAGGUAUAUCUUUUGCUGAAAUCCUCAUAUGCACAUCAGCUACUAGAUGUAGAAUUUAAAGUGUAAGUUCCUCACAUCUGCUGUUUUACAUUUUUCAUGAGCGUUGGGGUUUCCGUAAAAAUUAGGGUUGCUAAUCGGGUCAUCCAGACCCUGUGAGAUGGUUGGGCAUCUGAAAUGCAGCUGUGUUCAGAGACGCGGGAGAUGGGGAUUGCCUUAGUUUGGAUAUUAAAAGUGAAUUUUUAUAAACUCUGCAUUUUAGGAUCAGAUCCUACUGUAUUGCUACCGUCUUUCCCUGCCCGCCUGGGUUGGAUAGAUAGUCUGUCUCCUGAGCCUCAGUACAGCUUUAGAAAAUCUUUAUCCUUCCAAAGUUUGGAUAGUUGUGGGGUAACAUUUUCCAAACAGCCUUUCAGGGAUCGCGUCAGUGGCCUACAACCAAGGUAUUUGUCCUCUACUUUGAGUCUUAACUGGGGUUUUUCUCCAAUCCCAGUGGGAAAGGGCUUCAAGGCAUUGCCAAGGGUAUUUAAUAUUAAUACUUACCCCAAGCCUUUAAUUUUCGGUACACGCAGUACAGUAAUCCACUUGUUAAAGCAGGUGUCACUGUGUAACUAGGGACAGAGUGCGAUAGCCUUUCCUCCAUGGUGAGGGCUCCCCUCAGGGGUCCUUCCUGGCCCCAGCCCUGCUGGUUCCGGUUUCCACAUCUCACCUGCCUCCGGUCCCUUCUUUUGGCCACAACUUUCAAAGAUCCUGCCCCAAAGGGUCUCCUCCAUUCUAGUGGGCAUUUGCCGAACUAAACUGACCCUGAGCUGAUUUCUAGCUCUUUGGGAAAGCUGCUUAGUCUCGCAUAUCCCCAAGCUGCUGGGAAGUGAAGUUGAGGCAGAGCAGAAGCAGCAGAGCUGUGCUCUCCCUGGGGAAGGGGAUUUGCUGCAGCCCGCUGGUCACUGAGGGUGGAGAGGACGCAGUCACACCUAACCCAGGUGUGUGCUUUCAUAAGGUGUCUGAUAAUUUAGGAAUGCUGGAAACCAGGCAACAUAUUACCCGCCCAACCCCCGUCUGUGGUUUAGGUUGCAGUCAUGGGUGACUUUGUUCAUUGAAACCAGGGUUUGUUUGGGUUUUUUCUUUGCUACUUACAUAUUUAAAGGUACCUGUUUCUUAUUUCAGAUUUCUACUGAUAGUACUCUAUGGGAAGAUGCUGGAACACAUUUUGCAAAUGUGAUUUUUUUUUUUUAGUUUUGCUUGAAGCCUGUGUCACAUUGUCAGUUGCUGCUGCCUUCUUUCCCUUUAUGAGGUUCCCAAUGUUUCUUCCAGAACAUUACUUUAUUUAUGCAAGUCAGGUGACUCUUAGACCACAAAACCGUUUGAUGAUAAACAGAUUAUCACUAGGUGCAUAUCUUAUUGAUAUUUUGUGAAAUGUUAUGCCUGUGUUGCAAAAGUUGAAUAGUUUUGUCUUUAUAUAUUGCUGUCUUCAGUGUACAGCAUGGUUUUACUUAAUUGAAUGUUACUGUUUAAUAUUUUCUUCUUAUAGAAGAGACCAUGCCCUUUUGUAUGACAUGUUUUAAUAAAUGUUAUCU